UGAGACAAAAUCAAAACAUUAGAAACACUUCUUUAGUGUCAGUCGUAUGGAUGAAUGGCUGAACAAAAAUGGGGUUAAUUUGCUGCUGCUUUCGACCAAAACUCUUUAGACCCGAAAGGAGUUGUAUAUUAGAGGAUAAGAACCGAUCAUAUGAUGUUUUGAACGACAUAUCGGUUGAAGUAAAUCCGACUCAUAACUCAUCGGUCUAUCGGACGCCUACUGUGGGUCUGACAGAACAGAAUCGGUUCGACAAUACUGUCCAAAAAAUGGCCAACAAAAUGAUCAACAUAUCGGCCCAUUCCGAGCAAUUGCCACAAACCAUGUGGAGAGACAGACAGAAGACUUACGCCAGAAAAGUAUUAAACAUCCGAAGCCCUCUUCCGCUCACUUCCAGCGUUCAGAAGUUCACAAAAUCAAAGUCAGAGCCAAAUAAUGUUACUAUUCAAGAGAGAUGUGCCACCAUUGAGUGCAUCCGCGAAGAGGAUCUCAAAUUGAUUAAUAAAUUCAGUCAAAUGUCGAGUAAUGCCAUCAAAAAGGGGUUCAGUUUCUGGUCAGAAGAGCCGAUUGUUGUCGAAUUACCGGAGUUCCGGACACUUCACGGACCGGCUGUCUAUGCGUCUCGUGAAGUGGUGACUGGCCUUCUCUAUGACCGCCACAGCCAUCCGCACGUUGUGGGCACUGCCCGUCACCAAAAACACGGGAUCGUCGCCCUGGUAGGGGGUCUUAAUACAGGUGCGCGUCAUUGA